AUGUUGUUUACUCGAGGUAUCGCUGGCCUCACAUCAGAUGAUGACGUCUCAGAGCAGAGCAGAGUAAAAGACGAGGAGAGCGAGAUUGAGGGAUUGGGCCUUGUCCACAUAAACUUCUCUAAAGACAUUGUUCGGCCAGUCUUCGUCUACCCGUGUCCCCUCCAUCCUACCAGUCCCUGCGACGAGGAGCUCCAACUAUGCGAUGAAUCCGCGCCUAGGAUUCGGAUAACGGUUGGGACAGAGCCGAGGCGGAGAGUGUUUUCAAUACACAAGCUCCUCCUCUGCCAUCACUCGGACUAUUUCAAGGGUGCCUUCAGAGCUGGCCCCCUCCGGUUCGUCGAGGCGGAGACGGGAGAAUUCGAAUGGCCCGAGGACGAUCCGGAGGAAUUCCAUCUAUGGGUGAACUGGUUGUACUCGUGCACCGCCUGUCAGGGGUGGCCAAAGUAUGACCCCAAUCACCAGUGCAUACAAGAGCCAGAAGAGGGCGGCUCCCGGAGCAGCUGGUGCAUGGCCGAGCCGGAACAAGCGUUCACGUUCGGGGACCGGAUCCUAUCGUCCACGUACUGUAUGGCGGCCCUGGCAUCCUUCAUCCAACACGUCCACCUUGCCGACUUCUCCAGGCUUGGGUGGACGUACGAAAUUACCAGCGAGGGCUCGGGGCUCCACCGCUUCGUCCGCCACUGGAUUGCCUGGCUCAAGUUUCGGGGAUACGACAAGACGCCUGCCGAUGAGCUCGAAUACCCAACCUUGUUCAGCGGCAUCGAGGGGUGGACGAGCUUGGAUCCGCGGAAAUACAAGCUACGCCACUGGCUGCAGGACUGUUCAAAACAGCUCUAUAUUCGAUGCGAACACAGUAGACACCGACCGGCCUACCUUAUUCGUCCGAAACGUCUGGAUCAUAUGGUUCAUCCAGUGGUCAGGGAGCCACGGCGUACUGUCCCGGCAUGGAUGUUAUGCCUUUGGUACGCCACUGUCAUUGGCAUGAUGAUCAUUGCCCCGUACAUCUUUGCAGGGGACGCAAAGGGCCUGAUAGCCAAGCCGGCGAAGAUACUGAGCAUCGUCACAGCGUGCCUGGCAUUUAUCGGCGCCGUCUCGCGGGGCCUUACCCGGCCCUUGUUAUGUAUACUCAUGGUUUUCCUCGCAUUCGCAAGCGCUAUCUUCUCCGCCUACCAGGCCGGAAAGUGCUUCAAGGUGGCAUAG